UGUUGCAUUGAACAUGCUGAUGAAUGCUGUUAUAGUGGAUACUCAAGCAGUGCAGAGGCAUCGGGCCACAAUUUUGGAGUGUGUAAAGGAUUCAGAUUCUUCCAUUAGGAAGAGGUCUCUUGAGCUCAUAUUUCUUCUAGCGAAUGACAGCAAUUUUAAGCCCUUGAUAAAAGAGCUCAUUGAUUAUCUGGAACUAAGUGAUCACGAAUUCAAGGGCAUACUUACUGCCAAAAUUUGUUCCAUUGUUGAAAAGUUUUCCUCAGACAAAAUGUGGUACAUUGAUCAUAUGCUCAAGGUUCUUUCUGUGGCUGGAAACUUUGUGAAGGAUGAAGUAUGGCAUGCCCUUAUUGUUGUAAUAAGCAAUGCAUCUCAACUCCAUGGAUAUACCGUAAGGUCCCUUUACAGGGCAUUCCAAACAUCUAGUGAACAGGAAAGUCUUGUUCGAGUGGCAGUUUGGUGCAUUGGAGAAUAUGGGGAAAUGUUGGUCAAUAAUAUUGGGAUGCUUGACAAAGAAGAGCCAAUUACU